CACAAUAAACCCCUCCCUCCAAAUCCAAAAAUCCAUCCAUCCUUCUGCUGUGUGCCGCGCCGCGCGGCACCGCCACCCUCGCCGCCUCUCCGGUCUCCACCGCCGCGCCGCGCCGCGCCGCGCCUAUUUAACUACCUCACUCGCUCCCCUGAACGAGCCAGUCCAACUGCAAGCUCAGCCAUGCACGCCAACGCGCCCCACACCCUCGGCCUCCACGUCCCCCCACCCGCGUUCCCCCGCCGCCGCGAGCGCCUGCGGCGGCGCUCCGCCGCUGCCGUCCGCGCCGCGGGGGCCACCUCGGCGGCGCCGCAGAGGGAGACGGACCCCAGGAAGCGGGUGGUGAUCACGGGGAUGGGGCUGGCGUCGGUGUUCGGGAACGAAGUGGACGCCUUCUACGACCGGCUCCUGGCCGGGGAGAGCGGGGUGGGGACUAUCGACCGCUUCGACCCCGGAAGCUUCCCCACGAGGUUCGCGGGGCAGAUACGGGGGUUCUCGUCGGAGGGGUACAUCGACGGCAAGAACGAUCGCAGGCUCGACGACUGCAUCCGCUACUGCAUCCUCAGCGGCAAGAAGGCGCUCGAGAACGCCGGGCUCGCCACUGGCUCCGACGCCCACGGCAAGCUUGAUGUUGGGAAGGCUGGUGUUCUUGUGGGGACUGGCAUGGGUGGCCUAACAGCAUUCUCCGAUGCUAUUCAGAACCUUACUGAGAAGGGAUACAAAAGGAUUUCACCUUUCUUUAUCCCAUAUUCUAUUACUAACAUGGGUUCAGCUUUGCUUGCUAUGGAUGUUGGUUUCAUGGGUCCCAACUACUCGAUCUCAACUGCAUGUGCAACCUCUAACUUCUGCUUUUAUGCCGCUGCGAACCAUAUUCGUCGUGGUGACGCUGAUAUUAUCGUUGCUGGUGGAACUGAAGCUGCUAUCCUUCCAAUCGGUCUUGGAGGUUUUGUAGCCUGUAGAGCAUUAUCACAAAGGAAUGAUGAUCCAGCAACUGCAUCUAGGCCAUGGGAUACAGGGCGGGAUGGCUUUGUUAUGGGUGAAGGUGCUGGUGUACUGGUUAUGGAGAGCCUGGAGCACGCAAUGAAGCGUGGUGCACCAAUAGUUGCUGAGUACUUGGGAGGCGCGGUGAACUGUGAUGCCUACCACUUGACUGAUCCCAGAUCAGAUGGAAUGGGUGUAUCAUCCUGUAUUACGAAGAGCCUCCAAGAUGCAGGUGUUGCACCAGAGGAGGUGAACUACAUCAACGCACAUGCAACUUCCACACUUGCUGGUGACUUGGCUGAAGUGAGAGCCAUCAAGCAAGUCUUCAAAAAUACUUCUGAGAUCAAGAUCAAUUCAACAAAGUCUAUGAUAGGCCAUUGCCUGGGUGCAGCUGGUGGAUUAGAAGCCAUUGCCACUAUCAAGUCCAUAACUACUGGAUGGGUCCAUCCUACCAUUAACCAAUUUAACCCAGAGCCCGAAGUUAAUUUUGAUACAGUAGCCAACGAAAAGAAGCAGCAUGAAGUGAAUGUGGCCAUUUCUAACUCAUUUGGAUUUGGAGGGCACAAUUCAGUGGUAGUAUUCGCGCCAUUCAAGCUGUGAUUCGUCUUCGCUUCAGAGAAAAUAGAAUCUGCAACGUCGUCUUCCGGAGGAUAAUCUAACGAGGAGAGGAGAGUGGCGUAAUUAGAUGUAGCCUGCUUCAUUUUAACGGCUUUGUUCAUCCUCAUGAAACAAGUUUUGAUGAUCGAUUGAGUGGUACUGCCGUAACAUGGAGUAUAUGAUAAUUCUUUCGGGUGUUCCUCGUGUGUACCAUGUUGUAAGAACUCUGGAAUAGUGUAAAGAAUCCCUCGGAAAUUUGGUACAUAGUUCCCCUGUCUAUUCGUCCCCUUCCCUUGUAACACGACACAAUUCUGUAAAAGUCAGACACAAUUUUAGUGUAAUUGAAGUGUUGGUAUAGACUUUUUUUUGUA